ACAUUUCCUCAUUUCUAGGCUACUUCGGCUGAAGUGCAGCCGGUGCUGCUGCCGCCGGGCUAGGCUGGAGACUCGCCCCAGCAGUCUCGGGGCGGCGGCAGCGUGUGGCCAUCCCCGGGCGGAGCGGCCAGGGGCAGGAUGGUGGAUCGGGAGUUCAACAAGACAUUGCUACUAGAGCUGCUGAGAGCAGCCGGGACAGGGAACUCCCAGUGCGCAGACUGCGGGACACCCGAUCCUGAGUGGGCCUCUUAUAAGCUUGGAAUAUUCAUUUGUUUGAAUUGCUCCGGGAUUCAUCGCAACCUUCCUGAAAUCAGCAGGGUCAAAUCCAUCCGCCUUGACUUCUGGGAGAAUGAUCUAGUAGAGUUUAUGAAGAUGCAUGGGAAUCUCUGGGCCAAGGCUAAAUAUGAGGCAAAAGUCCCACCUUUCUAUUACAUCCCCCAUUCCAAGGACUGCCUGGUUUUAAAAGAACAAUGGAUCAGAGCUAAAUACGAGCGGGAAGAGUUUGUUGCCACCAGUGUCUGCCAUGAAACAGGUUCCUCAGCGUCUGCAGGCAGCCGUGAAGGAUUUCUGUGGAAGCGCGGGCGGGACAGCAGGCAGUUCCUGAAGAGGCAGUUCCUCUUGUCGGCAAGGGAAGGUGUGCUGAAGUACUACACCAAAGAGUCUAAAGGGCCGAAAGCUGUGAUCAGCAUAAAGGAUCUGAACGCAAUGUUCCAGACGGAGAAAAUCAGAAACCCUCAUGGGCUGCAGAUCACCUACAGCAAAGAAGGUCAGACAAGGAACCUCUUUGUCUAUCAUGAAAGUGGAAAGGAAAUUGUUGACUGGUUCAAUGCCAUUCGGGCAGCGCGUUUCCAUUACCUUAGAACCACCUUCCCCACCGCUCCUGAGGCCGAGCUCAUACCCAGGAUUACAAGGAAUUAUUUCAAAGAAGGCUAUAUGGAGAAAACAGGGCCAAAGCACAUGGAGGCCUUUAAGAAGCGCUGGUUCAGCCUGGACUCCCAGGAGAGGAACCUGCUCUACUUUAAAGACCCGUUGGAUGCCUUUGAACUGGGCCGAGUUUUUAUUGGAAGCAAAGAGCAGGGAUAUGAGGUCCAGGCUGGCUUGCCCAGAGGAGUCAGGGGGAAGAGGUGGAAAGCUGGGCUCACCAUAGUCACGCCACACAGGAAGUUUGUGUUUGUGUGUGAAAACGACAGGGAGCAGAAGGAGUGGAUAGCGGCUUUGAAUGAAGUCAUCUCCCAGCCUGUGGCAGCCUAGGACUAGUGCAGAGGCCACUCUCGGGCUGCGCUGACCACCAGACCAGAUGACUUGGGCACAUGGGUUGAGGUGGGAAGAUAAACUCAGAGACACUUUACCAGCUGACAACUGUUUUUGCCUUUGUCUUCUGUCCUGGAAAGAGGGGAGCGCGGGAUUGCAUUUCCAGGGCUCAUUCCAGUCCACCCUACAAGGGCCAUGGUGAUCGGUGGGAUGUGGUCACCUGAGCAGUAGGAAGCAGACGGAGAUAACCACACUCAAUUCAUGGGACUGUCAGCCGCUGUUAUGUCCUGACAUGGACUGCACUGGAGCCAACGACCAGGAGAAGAGAGCGCCGCAUCCCAGUGUUAAGGCCUACAGGGGGAUUUUCAAAAGGGCUUAGCACUGGCCAAACUCUGCUCCCACUGAAAUCAGUGUGUCAUGACCCACGGCUCUCAAACGUGGGCCCACAAGGUUCAUGGAAGCAGCCACGCUCCAGCUCUCCACCCAGCAGCCAGCUGGCAGCAGGUUACCUGAGACCCAGGAACCUCAGCCCCAGUGUAAGGCCCCGCUCCUGAAGUCCAAAUGGCAGAGUCCCAGGGCAACUGAUUGGCCCGUUGGCCCUACUGAAGCCAGCAGCAGGAACAGGAAGCUGUCUGAACAACUGGGCUCUACCCUGUUCUUGAUCUCCUGGCAUCUGACUCACGGUUCCCGACAUCCAGUUUGUCUCCUGCCUCUGAUCCCCUGGUAUCCUGACCCAGACUGACUCUGGUUCCCAGCUUGUGGUUUGCGUCUGACCUCCUGGUAUUCUGACUCCUGUCUUGUAGCCGUGGACUUGGCUCUAUUAGGUCUGGCUGCCCACAACCCAGCUGUGACCUAGUGGGAGUUUUACCAUUGACUCCAGCGGGGGCAGUGUUAUACCAGUGCUGAGCCCUCAGCCUAUGGAUGAGGGGCUGUGCAGCCCUAACUCCUGUUGGCUUCAGCAGGUUCUCGGAACCUCCCAGGAUGCGUCCCACGGUUCGAAUGAAAGGAUUGCCUCCUUUUUUUAUAAGUGGGUCUAAGGCCCUUUGCUGGGUUGUACGUUUUGAUGACAAAAUCCCCAAAUGAUGGAAAAAUAAAAGACAGUUUUGAUCUGCUCUGACUGCCUAUGUAAUAACAAUAGUAAGGAAUCCCUGUGCAGCACCGUUCAUCCCAGGAUCUCAACUCUGACCCCAUAUUACAGAUGGGGACUCAGACAGACAGGGAGAGUAAGGCCAAGUUUUGUCAAAAGCAAGGACAGAUCUUGGGCAUCUAGUCUGAGACACUUUGGGCUUGAUAUCCAGAAGCAUAGGGCCCUCAAAACCACACAAAUACAGUUUGGGCUAUGGGCCGACAUUCUCUUGACAAUUAGGCCUAAGUUGGGCACACCAAAUCAGAGGCCACUUUUGACUUGCCUUUAGGCCCAUGGUGAAUCAGUGCCAGAACUGGGGACAGGACUCAGGGGCCAUGACUCCAAGGCCCUGAUUCACCAUUACCCUGCACCUGAUGCAGUUACUUCCACCACUGCAAAGGGAAUGCAGACACCCCAGCGUAAUGUCGUCGUGUUUUAUCCCCACUCUGCGCCGGUGUCAAUGAAUAUUGGGCAACGGUGAAUUGGGCCUCUUGUCCUCUGCUCUAACCACGGAGAAAUAUUCUCUCCUCUCACUGAAAGUUCAGAGGGCUGGUCCAGUCAAGUAGCCAGCCAUUAGCAUGUUUUUCUUUGUAUCCGGACUGGUUUAGUCUGCAGAUCAGGCUGGAAAUCUUGCAAGCAAAAUGUAUGGUGAGGCUGCCUGCACUUACGGAUAUGUUCCAGUCUGCCUGAAACACCCAGAGUAGCUCGCUCUUCCUGCUGAAACAAGGAAGUGCCUGUAGGCCAGGGGGUGGGUGAAAUGUUUCAACUGAACUCUUCUGAAUCUCUGAGAAAAAGGUCUGGGUUGGAUCCUCCUUUUAUUUAUCCGAACGAGUUCAUCGUCAUCCAGCCCUGAGCAAUCUGUUUCUCAAGCUCUACUUGUCCCUGGACCCAUCAAUAAUCACGCCAGUGGAGCUGCCUCUGCCUCUCCAGGAGACUCGAUGAAUCAGGCUGGUUUCCGUUCACCCUCUUAUUCAAAAAUCUUUUAACAGGCUAAUCCUGUGUCCGGUGAAAUCAAUAGCACAGCUCCCGGUUGACUCGAAUGGUGUUUCAGGCCCUAGCUCGGUUUUGAGCCACACGAUUUUAUGUCCCUGGAUUUUUGCUCCGAGUUUAUCCAAACUAAACACUGUGAAGCCAAACCAUAAAACAACGAUUCAUUGAUUUAAGGCCAGAAGGAACCACUACAUC